AUGCCUUCCAUCACUAUCAUCAUCAGUUCUGCCUGGGGCUCCAUAACUGCUGUGAGUGAGAUAUUGGUGCAAGUGAGAAUCACAGUCUUGCUGUUCUGGCUGAAAGCACUUUUUAUUUAUAGUGGAUGGGCCCAGAUUGUGCACUCCGAAAAUCAACAUCUUCCAGAAGUAAUGAUUCCAUUGAAGGUUGAAGACCAUAACAGCAUAAAAUCUUCAGACUGGAUCUCUUACAGCCUAAAGUUUGAGGGUCAGAGACAUAUUAUCCGCAUGAAAAUCACCAAGCAUUUAUUGGCCCAAAACAUGCCAGUGUUCACCUACACAAGCCAGGGUUCUCUCCAUCAGGACCAUCCUUUCACCCAGAACAACUGCUACUAUUAUGGCUAUGUGGAAGGGGAACUGAAAUCCCAGGUUUCCCUAGAUAGUUGUUUGGGGGGCUUAAAGGGAAUAAUCUAUAAAGACAACAUUGUUUAUAAAAUUGUGCCAAAAAUGCAUUCCACCAAAUUUGAGCAUAUGGUUUAUAAGCUGAAAAGUGAGGCUGAAUUUCCAGUCAGAAGAUGUGGGUUAAUAGAUGAAGAAAUUCAACAACUUAAAUUUUUUAAGAAUGAUGAUUUAUCCACUUCAAUGCAGAGUGGAUACACAGGCUGGUGGACCCAGAAGAAAUACCUUGAGCUGGGUGUAGUAGUCGAUAAUAAUCGGUAUCUUCAUCAUGAAAGUAACAUCACAGAAGUUCAAUGGGAAGUUUCUCUUGUAGUCAAUCUGGUCAAUGUCUUUUUGCAAUCAUUAAAUAUUGAUGUGUCUUUAAAGGGAAUUGAAAUCUGGACACAGAAAAACCUUGUAGCUGUAGAUAGUCUUGAAGUUCUCCUGGAAAAUUUUUGCAUCUGGAAAAGAGUACAUCUUAAUGAUCGUUUGGAUCAUGAUGUUGCUCAUCUAUUUGUCAAGAUAUCCUAUAGUGACAGAGUUGGUUUAGCGUAUGUGGGAACAGUUUGCAAUGAUUUAUAUAACUGUGCAGUGAGUAGUUUCAUGAAUGAUGACAUUAUCAACUUUGGAUAUAUUAUGUCACAUGAGUUGGGUCAUAAUCUGGGUAUGAGACAUGAUGAUGAGAAUUGUGUGUGUGGGGAACCAUAUUGCAUUAUGCAUCCAUCGAUAUUUGUUGCAUCUCAAUUCAGCAACUGUAGUUACAGUCAGUAUUUAAGAACCUGUACAGGCAAAGAUUGCUUGGACUUUCCAAUCAAUUCAGAAAACACCUUGCAAGAGGAGCGUUGUGGGAAUGGGGUGGUUGAAAAUAAAGAAGAGUGUGACUGUGGCCCCAUUUAUUUAUGUGCAAAAGAUCCAUGUUGUGAGGCAAACUGCACACUGACACCCGGAGCUCUUUGUGCAUCUGGACUCUGCUGCAAGGACUGUAAGAUUUUACCAGCAGGUACACUGUGUAGAAAAAAGGAAAAUGAAUGUGAUCUUCCAGAGUGGUGCAAUGGCACAUCCCACGAGUGCCCAGAGGAUGUGUAUGUGCAGGCUGGGAUCUCAUGCAAGGGUGGUGGACACUGUUAUGAAAAGAGAUGCAAUGACCGUGAUGAACAGUGUAGGAAAAUUUUUGGAAGAGAGUCUAAAAGUGCAAAUGGCCUUUGCUACAAAGAGGCCAAUAGCAGAGGUGAUCGUUUUGGUCAUUGUAGUUUAAACAACAUGUUGAGGUAUACUCAGUGCCACAUCAAAGAUUCUCUGUGUGGAAGGAUUCAGUGUGAGAAUGUGAGAAAGAUUCCUCUUCUGGAGAAUCACAGGACCCUGAUUUCAACGAAUAUCAGUGGCCACAACUGCUGGAGUACUGACUAUCAUGUGGGCAUGACCAUACCUGAUAUUGGUGAAGUGAAAGAUGGUACUGCAUGUGGAGAAAAUCAAAUUUGUAUGAGACAGAAGUGUAUCCCUCUAGCAGACUUCAAGAGCUACUGUUCACCUUUAACUUGCAAUAUGAAUGGAAUUUGCAACAAUAGACAUCACUGCCACUGCGAUGCUAAGCUGCGCCCACCCCACUGCAUUGUAAAAGGGUAUGGAGGUAGUAUUGACAGUGGCCCACCGCCUCGAGAAUUUUCUACCAUCACUGAAAUAUUAGCAGCAGGACUUGGACGUUAUUGGUUCAUAAUUUCACUAUUGCGUUUCUUAAUAUUUAUAUUGAUUUUCAUUGCUGUAGUAAUGAAAGCAGACAGCUAA